GACGGAACACUCACAGACUCGAUUUCCGCCGUCGAAGCAGCAUGGGGCAAGGUCGCAAAGGACAUCGGGCAGGACCCGGCCUACGUGAUCGCCGCCACCCACGGCAAGCGCGCCGUCGACAACCUCGCGCAGUUCAAGCCCCACAUCAAGGCGCACGAGAUGGACGAUGCCGUCCAGGAUUUCGAGGAGACCAUCCUCUAUUACGCCGACGCCUACCACAGGCAUGGUCCUGGCAGCCAAAGCAACUCG